AUGUCCUGUGAUAGAAACAAUGCAGUUUGCAUCAUGCAAGAUCACGUCCAGAUGAGGCUGUCCGAUGGCGGAGGUCCCUGUGCUGGCCGAGUGGAGGUUUAUUACAGAGGCACCUGGGGUUCAGUUUGUGACGAUUCCUGGGACCUGACUGACGCUAACGUGGUUUGCCGACAGCUCGGCUGUGGAACUGCGUUGAAUGUGACCCUUCUUGCUUCUUGUGGACGGGCCACGGGAUCAAUCUGGUUGGAUGAGGUGGAGUGUUCAGGGAAUGAAUCAUCUCUCAGACACUGUUCAGCAGCACCGUGGGGUCAACACAACUGUAACCAUAAGGAGGAUGUAAGGAUCAUAUGUUCUGGACACAAGCAGCUGCGGCUUGCGGAUGGACAGCAUCGUUGUGAGGGCAGAGUGGAAGUGUUCUACAAUGGCUCUUGGGGAACAGUGUGCUCCGAAAACAUGGAAGACGCUGAGGCGGAAGUGAUCUGUAAACAGUUACAGUGUGGCCAACUCGCUUCAUUAUAUCACAAUGCCCAGAAAUUUGGAGCAGGAUCCGGGCCUAUUUGGCUCGACGAAGUGGCGUGUGUUUCACAUGAGUUGACCCUUUGGCAGUGCCAGUCCAACCCCUGGCGUGUACACAACUGUGAUCACUGGGAAGAUGUGGGCGUUGUCUGCACAGGGUACGAUGAAACGACGGAGCAGACUCACAGUUCAAAGGAUUGUGCUUCCCGGCCAGGUCCAGGAGACAGGUUGCGCCUUGUUGGAGGUAACAGUAAGUGUUCAGGCCGAGUGGAGGCACUGUACGAUGGUACCUGGGGCACGAUGUGUGAUGAUUCUUGGGAUAUGAACGAUGCAGCUGUUGUCUGCCGACAGCUGGGAUGUGGAGCCCCUCUCCUGGCGCCAGCAGGUGCUUAUUUUGCCCACGGCACUGGCCCAAUCUGGCUUGAUGAGGUGAAGUGCAUAGGGAUCGAAUCUGUUCUGUCUGCCUGUCCUUCCUCAUUGUCGGCUCAAAUCGACUGUACUCACAAGGAAGAUGCCAGUGUGAUCUGUUCCGGUCCAGAAAAUCAAGUCACCAUCAGCAUGGUUGUUGUCUGCAUAACGCUUGGAACGCUGUUGGCCUGUGAGCUAAUCGCCCUAAUGGUGCUGAUUCAAAGAAAGUCGUCGAGGAAAGGCAGACUUGUCGACACUCAGGCCGAGAGCACAGAGACAGCGAGUCUAAGACUUGUGAAUGGGGGCAGUCCUUGCGCUGGCCGAGUGGAGGUUCAUUACAAGGGGCUAUGGGGGACUGUGCAUGAUUAUAACUGGGACCUGCCGGAUGCUACUGCUUUGUGUCGGGAGCUGGACUGUGGGACUGCCGUCUCUGCGCCGGGCGGGAGUCAAUUUGGACUAGGAUCCGGACCCAUUGUGACAGGAAAUGUUUUGUGCAAUGGGACCGAGCGUGCUCUGCGUGACUGUCCAUCCGUACAAUGGGAUCACUACGUCGGUCCACAUGCCAAUGAUGCUGGUGUCAUCUGUUCAGAGCACAGAGCUCCGAGGUUGGUGGCUGGAAAUUCCCAAUGCUCCGGCAGAUUGGAGAUCCAGUUCGGUGACACUUGGAAAACAGUGUGUGGUCUUGACUGGGAUUUGAAAAAUGCCAAUGUUGUCUGUGCACAGCUUCAUUGUGGAGUGGCCAUCUCUGUGUCAAGAUCUACUCUUUCUGGAGGCAGUCCUGUGCUCAUUGUUAACGAGGUCUUUAAAUGUACGGGUAAUGAGACUCAGCUGCAGAGGUGCCCUCGGUCUUCAGACACUCACCAGGAUUGCAGUGGACACAACAAUGUCACCCUGACAUGUUCUGGUGAGUACAGACUGAAUACAAAAAGCGCACAUUUCGCUUUAAUGUUUGCAAACGUGAUGGAACUGCCAUUCCUGCCAUUGCUCACCGGUCCAAAAACACAAGCCUGUUUGUGUUCGAGUAUUGCUCAUUUGCACCUCCUCAAGGAACAUGACACCCUUUGUGAUUUGUGUGUUGCACUUGAUUCAUAG